GCGGAAGUCGCACGUUUUUUUGUGUUCUGUGGUUUGCUUCUUAUUCAAGUGUGUGGUCGGCAGAAGCUCGUUUAAUAAGUAAUCAUGGCGAGCCAGGAGAUGCGGUUAAAUCACACGAUUUACAUCAACAACUUAAAUGAAAAGAUCAAAAAAGAUGAACUGAAGAAGUCGUUGUAUGCUAUAUUCUCCCAGUUUGGACAAAUUCUGGACAUCCUUGUUUCUCCUACACUGAAAAUGAGGGGUCAGGCCUUUGUGAUCUUCAAGGAGAUCAACAGUGCUUCCAGUGCACUCCGCUCUAUGCAAGGCUUCCCAUUUUAUGAUAAACCUAUGCGUAUUCAGUAUACAAAGCAGGACUCUGAUAUCAUUGCAAAAAUGAAGGGCACAUAUGUGGAGCGAGACCGUAAGAAAGAGAAGAGAAAGCCUAAAGCCCCUGAAGCAGGUGCUGGGAAAAAGGCUUCUGCUGCUAUGGCCGGAGUACCUGCAGCUAUGCCUGGAAUGCCACCCAUGAGCCAAGCCCCUCGCAUGAUGCCAAUGCCCGGUCAACCUCCCUACAUGCCUCCGCCUGGUAUGAUGCCUCCACCUGGCAUGACACCCGGGCAGAUGCCUCCAGGUGCUAUGCCUCCAGGUCAGAUGAUGCCAGGACAAAUGCCUGGCCAGAUGCCGCAGCAGGUGUCAGAAAACCCUCCCAACCAUAUCCUGUUUCUCACCAAUCUCCCAGAGGAGACGAACGAGCUCAUGCUGUCUAUGCUGUUCAACCAGUUUCCUGGGUUCAAAGAAGUCCGUCUUGUCCCAGGUCGUCACGACAUCGCCUUUGUGGAGUUUGAUAAUGAGGUGCAGGCGGGUGCAGCCAGAGAAGCUUUGCAAGGCUUUAAGAUCACACAGAGCAAUGCAAUGAAAAUCUCAUUUGCAAAGAAAUAACAUUCACGUAUAUACAGCUUCUAUGAAAAAUGGCAGUUAUACACAGGCCUGCAUUUAGAAACCACUGACCCCUUGGGACAGUUCAGGCUGUUUAAUGGUUGAAUAGAUUACAUGCACACCAUUCAAAAGAAAAAGUCCAGAGAUGAAAUUUUUAUUUGGUGGGACUUGCCUAGCUGUGCCCAU